UUUCCAGAAUGUCACAUGUUUGGAAUCAUACAGUUGUGGCAUUUUCAGAUUGGCUUAUUUCAUUUAGUAAAUGAUUAAAGGUUAUAGCUUAUUGCUUUUUAUUGCUAAACAAUAUCUUGUUGUACAGAUAAACCACAGUUUGGUUAUCCAUUCACCUAGUGGUGAAUCUUGGUUGCUUCUAAUUUUUGGCGAUUAUGAAUAAAGCUGCUAUUCAUGGCAGGUUUUUAUGUAGAUGUAAAAUUUCAACUCACUUGGGUAAAAACCAAGGAGUGUUAUUUUUGGAUCAUAUUAUAAUAGUAUGUUUAGUUUUGAAAGAAACUGCCAAACUUUUUAUAAAUUGGUUUUUCCAUUUUGCAUUCCUGUUAGCAAUGAAUGAGCAUUCCUAUUGCUCCACAUCCUCCUCAGUAUUAACUUCUAUGAUAGCAAAAGAUUGGCUCUAAUUUCAUUAUUAAGUAGAUAUUUGUACAUAAAAGUUUACUUGACAAAAUAUGGUAGUUUAAUUCUUCAAAGGCUGUUUGCAGACAGACCUACCUUUUGGAUAAUUACAGUUGUUUCAACCCUGUAUUUGACUUUACAGGCAAAAUUAAGUAGAAGAGAAACAUUGCAAGUAAGGGGGGUAUAAAGGUACUUUCAAAUAAUGACUUUAAUAAUUAAAUUAUGUUUGUAACUUUCUGAUAAGAAAGUCACAUUUAUUUCUUGGAGAUAAAUUGAUUGGCCUAAUAAUCUGAAAUAAUGGUCUGAGAUUGUGGGUUUAAGUUUUUAAAUUCUUUCCCUUUAGUCAGAGGAAAUGACCAUAUUGCAAAUACACUUUUUCUAUAGAAUAAAAAUGACUCUUCUGCCCAAGAUGAAGUCCAUGUCCUGUUUUUUCCUGAUAGUUUUUUCCCUUCUGUCUUUACGUAGCUUUGUAGCAAUGUUUUAAUAAAUAAUACAUUACCCUACACCUAUAUUGGUAUUUGUUUCACAGCACAGAUGUGAGUUGUCUUCAACUUAUCUAAUGUUAAUCAUCAUUGAUUGUAUCAUUGUGCAGUGGCUAGUAGAGAAUGUAGGAAAAAAUGUAGGCUUUUAAAAUGUGACAUAAAAUCAUUCUACUAGCAGUAAAUCAAAGCGUUGUUUUGAAAUGUCAAGAAGCCCAAACACAAAUUUAAGUUACAGUUUUAUAAACUUCUGUUCUAAUGCAAUUGAUUGAUUGAUUGAUUGAGAGGAUCUCCCUCUGUUGCCCAAGCUAGAGAGCAGUGAUCAUAGUUCACUAUAGCCUCAAACUCCUGGGCUCAAGUGAUCUUCCUGCCUCAGUCUCCCAAAGUGCUUGCAUUAUAGGAAUGAGUCACUUCGCCCAACCCUUCUAAUGCAUUUUAAUAGAAUUUUCUUUAGUAUUGCUUAACCCCCCUCCCAAGCCAGUAGGGCUCCAGAAUCAUUUUGAAAUCAACCCCUAAGUCAAUAUCCUUUCUCUGUAAUUUUAGCAUCCUUAAUUUAAAUCUUCUAAGCCCAGCUGUAAGUUGAAAUGAUUUUAGAAUACUGUGAGUAAAAAUCUAAUACAAAAAAAUGGCUUCAUUUUGCAGGAAAGGGUGUACUAGGUAGGUAAUUGACAGAAUGACCAGGAACAUGAAAUAGGAGUAGGUCAGACAGAUUAAAUUGUUACAUAUUUUGAAUGCACUGUAAAUGAAAUUUUGAGAUCAAUAUGCCAGUUUUGUUGCAUCUAAUAAGGACUUUUAAGGACACAGGCAAGAUGGACAGAUGGAAAACUGCUGUGUUUGGUCUUGCUAAAGCAAAGGAAAGUACUGUAUGUAAAAUUUCCCCAGAAUUUCCUGAAAAAGGCAAACUGCACUUUUAUAUAAUUUUACCUUUGAAUCGUUAUAAUUAUAUAUUAAAUAAGCAUAUAUUACCACUGUAAUACAUGUUAUAUUUUCAUCUUGAAACAUCUUACUGUCUUUUUCUUAUUGUUUUAGGGUUUCAGUGGAUUUUUCAUAACAGCUCUUGGCUGGACACAAAUUUACUGAGGUUACUUCAUCCUUUAAUUAUGCUGUAUUCAAAUGCAGGAAUUCUAAAGGGGCAGCCCUGACUGGAUCUCAAGGAAGUAUCCUAAGUGUAGCAGACAAUCUCUGUUCCAAACAGCCAUUUCCUUUUUAUUUGUUGCUAUAGCCCGUAUUAGUUAGCGUUCUACCCUUUGCUUUAUGGUUCUGGGCUCAGAGAUAAAUUCUGGCAAGUCUAAGCUAGUUAAGGUGUCCCAUUCCCUUAGCCAGUGAUUGGUUUAAAGGUAUGAGUGUUGUUGGGAGCUGUCCUGGACACGGGAGAGUUAAAGUACGGUUGCUGCCUGGAAAACUGGGGUCUUUGAGACAUAGCACCUGGCACCUUGACUCAGGGCUCUGACAUGCUUGGCCUUUCUCCCAGCUCGUGGAGGGUGCUGGAGAUAGCAGUUGCAGUUAUGGAAGGUCACUGAAGUAAUCCUGUGCACGUAGCCCUCGUAGCUUUUGGCCCCCCCCCAAGCCCUGCACAUUCCUUUCCCAUGCAUGUUAAUCACUCUUGGGUGCUCUUUUCCUUGAACUGUCUGAGUCAUCAUAGUUGAGUAUUUGUAGCCUUAUUGAUAUCAGAAGAAAGUUAAGUUGUAGAUUAGAAAACCGCUCAAGCAAGAGAAAAGGCUAUCAGAAUGACUUAAGGUUGAAAGAAACAAGAACUGUUUUGUUUUCUGGUUUAGCGUAAGCAUGUACCAUCUGUUCCAUUGCAUUCCGCUUCUCCUUUGUUCUUAUCUGUAUAAAUAUAGCAACUGAAAUAAACGCGGCACGGCAGUCUCCAAGGACUCCGUCCUCCCGUCCCCAUCUGUGUGUUGUCUCUUUACUUCUUAUCCUCGCCCCCUAACUCCAGGUGCUGCAGGUCGCCAGCUGGCUCUGGCAGGUGGUGGCCCGUACAGGGGAUCCCUCUUUCCAGGAGGGCCUUUGGCGGCACUUGGUGACCAGGGAUUCGGUGAAGGCAGCUGCCCGUGGAAGGCCGGCCGUGACAGAAAGAAAGUCCUCGCGGGAUUGGACCCUCCUCCGAUACCGCCUGUUGUUGCCCAUCUUUCUAAGCCCAAGGGUAAGCCUUUGCUCAUUCCUCCUUCUCUUAGAGAGUCCUCCCUCUCUCGUUCCUCUCCCCUACAAAAAGCGCUGAUGAAGGCUUUUGAUAAUAAUGAUAAUCUGGGAGGUUUCUCUUUGUUCCCUGUUAUUCAAGAGGAGGAGGGGGAUUGUCAGUAUCAUCGGCCUCUCCCCAUCAAGCAGUUAAAAGAGUUGAAAGUUGCCUGCACCCAAUACGGUCCCACAGCCCCUUUUACUGAAGCCUUGCUAGAUUCCCUGGCCGCUGUGGCCAUGCCCCCUGAUGACUGGAAAAACAUAGCAAAGGCCUGUCUUAGCGGGGGAGACAAUUUGCUUUGGAAAUCAGAAUUUCACGAUCAGUGCCAUGCUAUAGCAGGUAUUAAUAGGGCUCAGGGCAUCCAUGUCACUUUCGAUAUGCUGGCCGGAGAAGGGGAAUACCGAUUUCUUGAACAACAGUUGGCUUUUCUCCCCGCUGCUUAUGCCCAGACCAAUGCCGCAGCUAUGAGGGCUUGGCGUAAGCUACCCAGCUCGCAAAAGUCUGAGGACUUGUCUAAGAUCAGGCAGGGUCCUGAUGAGCCUUACCAGGACUUUGUCUCUCGCUUGUUAGAGGCUACAAAAAGAUUAGUCAAUGAUAGCGAUACUGAGGCCCUUCUAGUGAAACAGUUGGCUUUUAAAAAUGCUAAUUCUGCCUGUCAGGCGGCUAUACGUCCUUUUAAGAAAAGGGGGACUCUUGAGGAUUUUAUCCAGCUUUGUGCUGACAUCGGCCCUUCUUAUAUGCAAGGGAUUACUUUAGCAGCCGCCUUGCAAGGGAAAUCAGUAAAACAGCUCCUCUUUCAGCAGCAGACUAAAAAGGGCAACUCUAAACAGCCUAAGGUUGCCGGCCCUCCAGGCAGUUGUUAUAACUGUGGGCAGCUGGGACAUCGCGCAGCCCAAUGUCCAAAACCUCACACAGAUGAUCCUCCAAAGAAACUUCCUGGACUUUGCCCUAGGUGUAAAAAAGGAAAUCACUGGGCCAGGAAUUGCAAAUCCACCACGGAUGUGCAUGGAAAUAAACUUGCUCCCCGUCAGGGAAACUGGAAGAGGGGCCAGCCCCUGGCCCCACAGCAAUGUUAUGGGGCACUGCAGAGACAACCCCUUCAGGGGGAGUCCCAGAACCAGGGAGGAAAUCCGUUUGUGACCUCUUCCGAGCAACCCCAGGCAGCGCAGGACUAGACCUCUGUGCCUCUGCCUACACAGUAUUAACUCCAGAUAUGGGUGUGCAGGCUCUCCCCACUGGGACUUUUGGACCCCUGCCGCCAGCUCCAUGGGCCUGUUAUUAGGUAGAAGCAGUAUCACCUUGAAAGGCUUACAUGUGUCACCAGGGGUUAUAGAUCAGGAUUAUACAGGGAAAAUUAAAGUUUUGAUCUCCUCUCCCAGCUCUAUUUCUAUUGUCAACCCCGGCCAGCGCAUUGCUCAGCUUGUUUUGAGCUCCUUGACAUCCCUUGGUAAAGUACAAUCGCAACAAGCCAGGGGACCCUCUGCUUUUGGCUCCUCAGUUACUUACUGGAUGCAAUCUAUUACUAGGAAUAAGCCUGAAAUGGUUUUGUGAGUGAACGGCAAGGCCUUUAAAGGAAUUCUAGAUAUUGGAGCUGAUGUUUCUGUUAUCACUGAGCAACACUGGCUCUCCUUGUGGCUCAAGCAGGGAGUUGUUGGCUCACUCCAGGGUAUAGGCCAAGCCCGUAAUCCUGAACAGAGUAGUGAAUUGCUUACCUGGGUUGACGAGGAGGGACAUUCUGGACAAUUCCAACCAUAUGUUCUACCUGCUCUACCCAUUAAUCUUUGGGGAAGAGAUGUUAUGCAGGCUAUGGGAGUUUAUUUGUAUAGCCCUAAUGCCACAGUUACUAAGCAACUCUUUGAUCAAGGGAUGCUCCCAGCCCAAGGCUUGGGGAUUAAGGGUCAAGGUAUUUCUAAAUCUAUUCAAGUAAAGCCCCGGCCACUUCGAGCAGGCCUCGGGUAUUUUUAGAAGGGGCCUUUGAUUCUCCUGCAACUCACGUAGAGGCUAUUACUUGGAAAUCUGAUGCACCUGUGUGGGUUGAUCAAUGGCCCCUCAAUCAAGAAAAAAUAGCCGCUGCAGAGCAGCUGGUGCAGGAACAGCUUGAUAGCGGCCACAUAGCCCCCUCCAACUCCCCUUGAAAUUCUCCAAUUUUUGUCAUUAAAAAGAAGUCUGGAAAAUAGAGGCUGCUCCAAGAUCUUAGACGUGUUAAUGCCACCAUGGAACUCAUGGGAGCUCUGCAGCCAGGUCUCCCUGUCCCCAUGGCUAUUCCAGCCCAUACUUUUAGAAUUAUAAUAGAUUUAAAAGACUCUUCUAUACCAUUGCUCUUGCGCCACAAGAUUGUAAACAUUUUGCUUUUAGUGUUCCUUUUACUAACUUUAGGGAACCCAUAAAGCAUUAUCAUUGGCUUGUUCUGCCCCAAGGCAUGGCCAACAGCCCCACUUUGUGUCAAAAAUUUGUUGCCAACGCUUUAACUGCUACUAGAAUCAAAUAUCCUACUGUAUAUAUCAUCCACUAUAUGGAUGACAUUCUUUUGGCCCAUGCAGAUGAAUGACUCUUACUGCAAGUUUUUAAUCAUGUAACAACACAAUUAAAUAAACAGGGUCUUGUCAUUGCUCAGAAAAGGGUGCAGAGGCACCCUCCUUAUUCUUAUUUGGGAUACCAACUGCAUAAAUACCAUUUUAUUAACUAAGGAAUUCAACUUUAUAAGGAUGGCUUAAAAACUCUUAAUGAUUUCCAAAGACUUCUGGGAGAUAUCAAUUGGAUUCGACCCUAUUUGAGAAUUACCACUGAGGACUUUAAGCCUCUUUUCGACAUCUUGAAGGGCAAUUCCAAUCCUAAUUCUCCUUGUCAAGUAACUCCUGACAGGAGGCAAGCCUUAAAAUUAGUAGAACAGGAAUUGUCCCGCCACAUGUUUCCUAUGUAAACUACGACUUAGAAUGGGCUGGCUAUGUUUUACCCACCUCUCAUACUCCCACAGUGGUCCUCUAUCACGGGGGACCACUGAUGUGGCUACAUUUGCCCUCCUCUCCCUCUAAAAUUCUAACUCCUUAUUAUGAGAUGGUUGCUACCUUAAUCCAUAUGCUGCGUUCAGAGUCCUGCAAAUUACUAGGUAGAGAGCCGCACCUUAUUUGUGUUCCUUUUUCCUGUCAGCAACAGGACUGGUUGUUCUAGCAUAGUGACUCCUGAGCUAUAGCCCUGGCCAAUUACCCUGGAAAAAUUGACAACCAUUACCCCCCUGAUAAGUUGUUACAUUUUGCCAGCCUACAUCAGUUUAUUUUUCCUCCCAAAGUGUCUCCUGUACCUCUUGACAAUGCUGUUCUGAUUUUCACAGAUGGAUCCUCUAAUGGUAUGGCAGCCUAUUCAGUUAACAAUGACAUUAAAUCUUGAUACACUGGGUCCUCCUCGGCUUGAGAGGUCGAAUUGCAGGUGGUUUUUUCAGCUUUACAGGCCAUCCCUGCUAAGCCCGUUAACCUUUAUUCAGAUAGCCAUUAUGUAAUUCGGGCACUCCAAGUCAUAGAGACUGUGCCCUUUAUUGGGACCUCUAAUAGUAAUGUUCAAAAAUUGUUUUGGGCCUUGCAAGCUCUCAUUCACUCCUGUAUAGAAGGAUGUUUCUUUGGGCACCUUCGUGCUCAUUAGCGCCUGCCUGGUCCCCUCAGCUGAGGAAAUGAAAUUGUAGAUCUUGCUACUAGAACCAAACCCCCUCUUAUUUUGUUAACUCAAGUGCAAUUAGCAUAGCAGUCCCAUGCUUUGCACCACCAAAAUAGCCGCGCUCUCAAGCAACAGUUCAAUAUCACUAGAGAAGCGGCUCAACAAAUUAUAAAAGCUUGCUCUUCCUGUUCUCACUUACUCCCCAUCCCCCAUUAUGGUGUUAAUCCCAGGAGCCUUUUACCUAACCACUUAUGGCAAAUAGAUGUAACCCAUAUUUCUUCUUUUGGUCUAUUAAAAUAUGUUCAUCUGACCAUAGACACUUAUUCUGGAUUUUUAAUGGCCACUUUGCAAUUAGGCAAGGCUGGUAAACAUUGUGUAGCCCAUUGCCUCCGCUGCUUUGCAUCAAUGGGCCAGCCUAAAUGUAUGAAAACAGACAAUGGCCCUAGAUACACGGGUCACAAAUUUCAAACAUUCUUACAGAAAAUGGGUAUCAGUCAUAAAACAGGAAUUCCUUAUAACCCCCAAGGACAAGGCAUUGUGGAAUGUGCCCACUUGACUCUCAAAAAUCAACUUUUGAAAAUAAAAAAGGGGGAACUGUACCCCCUCACCCCCCAGAAUUAUCUAAACCAUGCUCUCUUUAUUUUAAAUUUUUAAAUUUUGGACAAAGAAGGUUGUUCAGCGGCCCAGCGGUUUUGGUGUACUAAUUCCAACAAAGACACGCUGUUAGUCAUAUGGAAGGAUCCACUGACUGGGCAGUGGUCAGGACCGGAUCCGGUUCUUAUCUGGGGACGAGGGCAUGUUUGUGUGUUUCCACAGAAUGCCGAAGGCCCGUGCUGGCUCCCGGAGAGGCUGGUACGCCAGGCAGGAUCCCUCCAUAGAAAACAGGAUGAAGAGACUGAAGCUGCAUGACGACCAGCAACCUCCACUUAUGAUGACAACUAGACAAGCUCUGCUGCCCUCUUGGGGUCAGAUUAAGAGACUUACUGAGACUGCUUCUGAGCUGGUUCGAGAAACGGGGCAGCCAUUGAAUUCUUUGACCUUGUUUUUAGCUAUGAUAACUCUGCUAUCGACGCCUACCCAGGCUGCCACCUAUUGAACUUAUAUACCAGACCCCCCUUUACUCCACCCGGUGGGAUGGGGAGAGCGUGGUUGUUCCCGUCUCUGUCAGUGAUCCCAGGGCUCUGGGAGCACCCGCUAAUGAUCACAUCCAGCACGCUAAAGUAUCUGCUUAUAAUUAUACAGAACUCACCUGUGAUGUUCCUAUCUGUUUCCACCAUGGGGGUUAUUUUCUGGGCUGUGUUCCUGUAUCUACUUAUGUAUAUUACAACUUAAAUGAUGUUAGAUGGACUGUGUUUAUGUCAAGUUUAGACAGGCAAUUUUCUGGCUCUGCGCCCUCUGAUUUGCUGCCGCCACCCAGAAUGCUUCCCUGUGAAAAGGAGCCCAUUGCUUCCACUCUGCAUGUGCCCUGGAGACGUUGCUGUGAACCAACUGCGACUAAGAUUCCUAUGCCCGGGACGACUCAGAGCAUAUAUGAUUGUACCCCGGCAAAAACUGACAAAUGGGUAUUUGGGAGACAAGGGUUUUGUUGAGGGGCUAUGGACAACUACUCUAAAGGUAUACCAGACUAGUCUCUGGAAACUUGUUGCAGGAACCAGUCAAUUCUCUGCAGAGGGUGUGGUAGACUCUACACCAAAAAUAUGCCUAAGGACAUUUCUGCCUGUGUUCCUGAACCUUUUGUGCUCAUGAUAGGCGAUGCGAAUAUUUGCACCGUCACUCAUGGUUUUGAGGUAUCAUGCCUUAAUUGUCAACUAACUAAUUGUAUACAAUCCCUUGCCUAUUAUGAUAGAAUGGUUGUGUUAUACCGCCCCGUUUUUGUGGUGGUCCCAACUAAUGUCUCUGGCCCAUGGUAUGAUGAUAAAGGAUUGCAGAUGUGGAAGGAGGUAAACGCUAUUCUGCUAAGGUCUAGAAGAUUUAUUGGGCUACUCAUAGCUGGCAGUGUAGCUCUUGUUACUGUAAUAGCAUCUGCUGCUGCGGCUGCUGUGGCGUUGACACAGGAGAUACAAACUGCCCAUUAUGUCAAUAAUCUCUCUAAAAAUGUCACUCAGGCUUUGGGUACCCAAGAGCAUAUUGAUAAAAAGAUUAAAGACAGACUAGACGCUUUG